AUGGUCAAAGUCACAAUCUGUGGAGCCGCCGGCGGAAUUGGCCAGCCUUUAUCUCUCUUGGUCAAGCUUAAUCCUCAAGUUACUGAGUUGUCGUUGUUCGACGUCGUCAAUGUCCCUGGUGUCGGUGCUGACUUGAGUCACAUCAACUCUGGUGCUGUCACAAAGUCUUUCUUGCCUUCCUCUCGUGAGGACAAGACCGCUUUGGCUGACUCCUUGAAGGGUUCUGACAUGGUCAUCAUCCCAGCUGGUGUCCCAAGAAAGCCUGGUAUGACCAGAGACGACUUGUUCAACAUCAACGCUGGUAUCGUUCAAUCUUUGGCUGAGGGUAUCGCCGAGAACGCUCCAAAGGCUUUGAUUUUGAUCAUCUCCAACCCUGUCAACUCCACCGUUCCAAUUGUUGCUGAGGUCCUCAAGAAGAAGGGUGUUUACGACCCUGCUCGUUUGUUCGGUGUCACCACCUUGGACAUUGUCCGUGCUAACACCUUCAUUUCUCAACUUUACCCAGAAGAGACUAAGCCAACUGACUUUGAGGUCAGAGUUGUUGGUGGUCACUCCGGAGAGACCAUUGUUCCAUUGUACUCCUUGGGUGCCAAGUCUCACUUCGAGAAGUUGUCUGACGAGCAAAAGAAGACUUUGAUCAACCGUGUUCAAUUCGGUGGUGACGAGGUUGUCCAGGCCAAGAACGGUGCUGGUUCCGCUACUUUGUCUAUGGCCUACGCAGGUUAUCGUUUGGCCGAGUCUUUGUUGAAGGCCUCUGCAGGCACUCCAGUCACUGAAUGUACUUUCUUGAACUUGGACCCAUCUAUCAAGGGUGCAGCUGAGGCCAAGAAGUUGGUUGGUGGUCUUGAAUACUUCUCCUUCCCAGUCAAGUUGUCCAAGGAUGGUAUUGCUGAGGUUGAGUACCAAAUCUUGGAGCAAGUCAGCGACGCUGAGAAGCAAUUGUUGGCUGUGGCUGAAGAGCAGUUGGCUAAGAACAUCGAGAAGGGUGUUUCUUUCGUCAACAAGUAG